AGAUUAGGCUCCUCCUCCUCCGGAGCCGGUCCAGUAACCGGGCAGCGUUCAAGGGAUCGGGCGGCGCCGCCGGAGCGCACAGCCAGGCGAGGCGAGCGGGCGCCGGAGCGCUCCAGCCGCGCGUCAUGGAGAGCGCGCACAGCUCGACGGCCGAGGAGGUGCUGCGGCGCUUCGGCGUGCGCGAAAGCUGCGGGCUGAGCGCGGAGCAGGUGCGGCGGAACCGGGAGAAGUACGGCGCCAACGAACUCCCUGCUGAAGAAGGAAAAUCGCUCCUGGAGCUGAUAUUAGAGCAGUUCGAAGACCUCCUAGUUCGGAUCCUCCUCUUGGCUGCCUUCGUUUCCUUCAUCCUGGCCUGGUUUGAGGAAGGGGAAGAAACAGUGACGGCUUUUGUGGAACCCAUCGUCAUUAUCAUGAUCCUCCUUGCCAAUGCGGUGGUGGGAGUGUGGCAGGAGAGGAAUGCAGAGAGUGCGAUUGAAGCCUUGAAGGAAUAUGAACCAGAAAUGGGGAAGGUGAUCAGGGCAGAUAGGAACGGAGUUCAACGGAUCCGAGCACGUGACAUUGUCCCAGGAGAUAUUGUAGAGGUGGCAGUUGGUGACAAGGUGCCUGCUGAUAUCCGGAUCAUUGAGAUCAAGUCGACGACGUUACGAGUAGACCAGUCGAUUCUCACUGGUGAAUCUGUUUCUGUCAUCAAACACACAGAUCCAGUCCCUGACCCCAGGGCUGUCAACCAGGAUAAAAAGAACAUGCUUUUUUCUGGUACCAACAUCGCUGCAGGAAAAGCGGUUGGCGUCGUCAUUGCCACGGGAGUGUACACCGAAAUCGGGAAGAUCAGGAACCAGAUGGUCGCCACCGAGCCUGAGAAAACCCCCCUGCAGCAGAAGCUGGACGAAUUCAGCCAGCAGCUCUCGAAAGUCAUCUCCCUGGUCUGCAUCGCCGUUUGGGUCAUCAACAUCGGCCACUUCAGUGACCCCGUGCAUGGCGGCUCCUGGUUCCGUGGGGCGAUAUAUUACUUCAAGAUUGCCGUGGCCUUGGCCGUGGCGGCAAUUCCCGAAGGGCUUCCGGCGGUCAUCACCACCUGCCUGGCGCUGGGCACCCGCCGGAUGGCCAAGAAGAACGCCAUCGUGAGGAGUCUCCCUUCCGUGGAGACCCUUGGCUGCACGUCGGUCAUUUGCUCUGACAAGACAGGCACUUUGACGACCAAUCAGAUGUCCGUGUUCAGGAUGUUCAUUGUUGAGAAGAUAGAAGGAAUCCAUUGCAGCCUACAUGAGUUCACCAUCUCCGGGUCUACGUACACACCGGAGGGACAAAUCUUCAAGAAUGACAGGCCUGUUCGCUGUGGACAGUUUGACGGCCUGGUGGAACUCGCCACAAUUUGUGCCCUUUGCAACGACUCCUCCCUAGAUUACAAUGAGUCCAAGAAAGUCUACGAAAAAGUGGGCGAAGCCACAGAAACGGCCUUGACGUGCCUGGUGGAGAAGAUGAACGUUUUCGACACGGAUACCAGCAGCCUCUCCAAAGUCGAGAGGGCCAACGCAUGCAAUACAGUGAUCAAGCAGCUAAUGAAGAAGGAGUGCACCCUUGAAUUUUCCCGCGACCGCAAGUCCAUGUCUGUUUACUGCACGCCGGUGCCGACCAACCACAACUCUUCUGGAAGCAAGCUCUUCGUCAAGGGCGCCCCAGAGAGCGUCAUCGAGCGCUGCAACUACAUCCGUGUUGGCGGCAACCGGGUUGCCCUGACUCUCUCCGCCAAGGAGAAGAUACUCUCCAAGAUCCGGGAAUGGGGCACUGGCAUCGACACCCUGCGCUGCCUCGCAUUGGCCACGAGAGAUCACCCUCCCCGGAAGGAGGAGAUGCGCCUGGAUGAUUCCAGCCAGUUCAUCAACUACGAGACCAACCUGACCUUCGUGGGCUGCGUGGGGAUGCUGGACCCUCCUCGGAAGGAAGUGAUGCUGUCCAUCGAGAUGUGCAAGAAAGCCGGCAUCCGGGUCAUCAUGAUCACUGGCGACAACAAGGGGACGGCUGUGGCCAUCUGCCGGAGGAUUGGGAUCUUCUCGGAGAGCGAAGAGGUGGCGGGCAAAGCCUACACGGGGAGGGAAUUCGACGACCUCUCGCCGGAGGACCAGAGCAACGCCUGCCGCUCCGCUCGCUGCUUUGCCCGCGUGGAGCCUGCCCACAAGUCCAAGAUAGUGGAGUACCUACAGUCGUUCAACGAAAUCACAGCUAUGACCGGCGACGGAGUGAACGAUGCCCCAGCGUUGAAGAAAGCCGAAAUUGGCAUUGCCAUGGGCUCCGGCACAGCGGUGGCAAAGUCAGCGGCGGAAAUGGUCUUGUCCGACGACAACUUCUCCACCAUCGUCGCAGCCGUGGAGGAGGGCCGUGCCAUCUACAACAAUAUGAAGCAGUUCAUCCGCUACCUCAUUUCCUCCAACGUUGGAGAAGUGGUCUGCAUCUUCCUGACAGCCAUCCUGGGCCUCCCCGAAGCGUUGAUCCCAGUCCAGCUGCUUUGGGUCAACCUGGUGACCGAUGGGCUGCCAGCGACUGCUCUUGGCUUCAAUCCACCUGACCUUGACAUCAUGGACAAGCUGCCACGGAAUCCCAGGGAGCCUCUGAUCAGCGGGUGGCUGUUUUUCCGCUACCUUGCCAUUGGAGUGUAUGUUGGCUUUGCCACUGUGGGUUCAGCUACCUGGUGGUUCUUGUAUGACCCCGAAGGACCACAAGUUACCUUCUACCAGCUGAGGAACUUCAUGCGAUGCACAGAGGACAACCCUAUCUUUGAAGGCGUCGACUGUGACAUUUUCGAAUCGCGUUACCCAACCACCAUGGCGCUCUCUGUGCUGGUGACCAUUGAGAUGUUAAAUGCACUCAACAGUGUGUCUGAAAACCAGUCGCUGCUCAGGAUGCCUCCUUGGCUGAAUCUCUGGCUCCUGGGGGCUAUUGUCAUAUCCAUGGCUCUGCACUUCCUGAUCCUCUACAUGAAGCCAUUGCCUCUGAUCUUCCAAGUGACACCACUUAGCUGGCCCCAAUGGGUAACGGUGCUGAAAAUCUCCUUGCCGGUUAUCCUGCUGGAUGAAGGACUCAAGUACCUUUCCCGCAAUCAUUUAGAUGAGAUGCUAAGAAAUGAAACGACACCAAAAGGAACUCAAUUUCUCCGCAAUUGAACCCUCAGCUCCUACCUGGGACUGAAGAAUCUGCAUGCCUGAACAUCACCAGAAGCCAACGAGGAAUAUGCAUGCUUUUGAAAAAGUGUCGGACUUAAUGCGGGUGAAUCGUCAAAGAAAAGGAAAACAAAACAACCUGAUUUUAUUUUUAGUUUUUACUCUUGUUACAUAGCUUCCCCUUCUACCCUUGUACAUAGCGGUGCAAAGACUGGACAGCUAAAUUAUAGCUUAGGGGGUAAAGUUUUGCAAUGUCAUGGAGGCAGGAGAGCCCAGAUCCUUAAAGGUCUGCUUCUUCAAAAUGUAAUCUUUUUUCCUAUAAUUUUCUCUUCUUCCCCACCCUCCAAAUCUUCCGUGCCCUAAAAACCUGUAUUUUUUCUGUCUCAGAAAGGAAGUGAGCUUGUGGUAGUUUCGGGGAGAGUUCUUGACAGACUCCACCCCUGCUCAGGAAGAGGUAGCAUUAAGUGCUCCCUUGAUGCUCUGACUUAAUUUAACUCACCUGAAACCCAUAAGGGAAAAAUCACACAAAUUGUUUUGGAGAUUUUUUUCCCCUACCCCA